UCUAAAAACACGUGAACUUUUACUAUUGAAAAAAGAAAAAUAAAUCGAAAUAUAGGAUAAUACAAAUAUCACCCAUGGGAAAACUUCGUAAAAAGGGGGAAAGUGGUGCAGCCACUCUUUACAUUGCCAGAAACCAGGCACUCACAAAAUUACAGCUUAGUUUACCCGACUUCAGGCGUUUGUGUAUCCUCAAAGGAAUUUAUCCGGUCGAACCAAAGAAUAAAAAGAAAGUAAAUAAAGGAAGCAGUGCAAACAGAACAUAUUAUUAUGUCAAAGACAUUCAAUGGCUGGCACAUGAGCCAGUGUUGAACAAGUUUAGAGAGUUUAAGGCAUUUUUAAAGAAAUUAAAGAAAGCAAUUGGAAAAGAAGAACCUGGAACUGCUGACAGAUUGGAGCAAAAUAAACCAGUCUACACCCUUGAUCAUAUUGUGAAAGAAAGAUAUCCAACUUUUAUUGAUGCGAUUCGAGACCUGGAUGAUGCUUUAUCGAUGGUGGUUUUAUUUUCAACUUUACCACAAACAGACAAAGUUGAGGGAAAAGUUGUGAAAGAUUGUAAAAGAUUAUAUGUGGAGUUCCAACACUACAUCUUAGCGUCAAAGUCCUUGAGAAAGGUGUUCUUUUCAAUCAAGGGCAUAUAUUACCAAGCUGAAAUCUCAGGUCAUCCGGUAACCUGGAUAACACCUCACACUUUCUGUCAAGAUAUGCCUGCAGAUGUUGACUUCAGGAUAAUGUUGACUUUCAUUGAAUUUUAUACAACAUUGAUUGGUUUUGUCAAUUUUAAACUGUUCAACAUGGUCAACUUACUUUACCCUCCCAAGCUUACCACGGAAAGCACGACAGACAACAACAAUUCAUACUGUGAAGAAUCUGAGCUGGAGACAGAAGGUUUAGCAGCUUUAAGUCAAUCAUUAUUAACAGUCCCCAAAGAAUCUGGUGAUGAUCCAACUAUAGACGAAUUUCCAUUAGAAGCUGAGGCAGAUGACGAAAUGGCGCAAAAAGUGAAAAAAGAACAAGAAAGUGUGGAAAGAUUACUCGAGCUAUUUUCCGAAUGCACAAUAUUUUUAUCAAGAGAAGUUCCUCGAGAAAGUCUAGUGUUUAUAAUCAGGAGUUUUGGCGGGAAAGUAUCGUGGCCAAGUUCAAUGGCUCUUGGAUCGACAUUUGAAGAAACGGACGAAACUAUAACACACCACAUUAUUGACAGACCUUUACAAGGACACAGAUUCUUAUCCAGAUAUUACGUCCAGCCACAGUGGAUAGCUGAUAGCGUCAACUACAGACGGCUGCUUCCCGUGGAAGAUUACUUUCCAGGUGUGGACCUACCCCCCCAUCUCUCCCCGUUUGUGAAGGAAGAGGAAGGAGACUAUAUCCCACCUGAAAGACAGGCCAUGUUGGAAGAAAUGGACGAGGAAACGAGAGAAAACGACAAGGAAGAAGCAGAGCAGGAGGAGAAACCAACGAUGACAAAAGAGGAGAAGAAUCUUGCUAAGAUGGUGAUGCCGAAGAAAAACAAAAGAUUGCUGGAAAAAAUUGAAUAUUCCAAGAGGAAAAAGGCCUCACAGGUGAAGAAAUUACACGAGAAAAGGAAAGCCAUCGAUGAACAGAAAUCAUCAAAGAAAAUCAAAACAAAACAUUGAGGAACCAAAACGAAGAAUCCUUUGUCGCAUGUUUUUGUGAUGGCAUGCAUGUCGUAUAAAUAAAAAAUGCACAAUUACUUGGAUGAGAGAAAAAUAAAAUGGACUAUUAUAACAUAAUAUAACGAUAUUAUACAGUGUAUAGCCA